CCUUUUCGGUUUACCAGAUUGAGUACUCCGACGUUCUAACGUUUUAGCCUAUAAAUUAGACAUCUGUGUGUGUGUGUGUAUAUAUAUAUAUAUAUAUAUAAAUAUAAAUAUAAACGAGCCUAUGUUUCUCUAGAUACAUAUAUACAUAUUUAUUCUAUCUUGGUCUAAACCACCCACACAAUCUCAGUUCUUUAAAUUAACUCGUCCACGGAGAUGGCGGGAGAAAUUGAAAAAUCAGUUGAGUUUGUUGAAGCUUUGUUCCAGAAAAGUGAAUCUGAUUUGAAUCAUAUCGAGAGAAAACUGGAAUUUCAGUUCCAAGAUGGAUUUUCUAAGGAAGAAAACCCAGUCAGAUUAAUGAAGAAAGUGGCUGCAAUUAAAAAAGAAUUUCUUGAAGUUGUUGAAGAAACCAAAAAGUUACAAGAUGCCCAGAAGGAGAUUACCGAUAACUUCCGUGAACAGUUGUCUGUUUUGAUGCAGCUUAGGGAACAUAUAGACUGCAAGAUCAACAAUCCAAAGAGAGAGCCAUCUGUUGAAGUUCAGGCUUUUGAACAACUUCUUGGUUUACCAAUUUGUGCCGAAAUCACUAAAUCUGAACCGAACCCUGUCAACACCAUCGAGGAAUCUCCACCAGACUGCGAAACUGAAGUGAAACCAGUCAAGAAACCUAAGAAAAACCCACCAAUGCCUGCUACUACGGAAGUAGAUAUGAAAGAGUUCCUUUCAGGUGUUGAAGAAACUAAUCAAUCCCCAGCUUCCAAACGAAAGAACACUGAUGAAUUUGUUCCUUUGACGGUAGAGGAAUUUGAGAAAGUUUCAACUUCAGUUCGAAGACACGUCAAAUUGCGAGACGUGAAUGCUUGUUACCGUGCGCUUUGGCAACAUUUCAAAGUGGAGAAAAACACUCAAGCUCUGUCACCAAAAGACAUGUAUGAUAAGGGAAUGCGAACCAGUGGAGCAUCAGGUGAAGCCAAACUGAAGAUUCUCCGAGCACUCAAGUUGCUGCACCUCUCUGCAAAGGGACAUGCCAAACUUCUUUGAUUCCUUAACAGUCAUAGACAAGCUGCAGAUAUAAUCUGGAACAAGGAACCACCCAAACCAUUAACACAAUGAAAACUUGAAAAAGUCUUAUCAUACACACACCGGAUCAGAAACUGGAAUUCAACAUGGGACCUUAGCUACAAAACCUUGCAAAGCUGGUUCAUCUACUUUCUUUUCUUAUUAUUUAAAUUUAAUUUCCAUUUUAGGGUUGUACAUUAACAACUCUUUAAGACAGUUUCAAUAACUUAAUUUGUUUUUUUUUUCUCAUUAGUCUGUGAAAUUUGUCAGUAUAUUCCGGGUUGGCCCUCAAAGCUUUCACAAAUUUGUCAAAUAUUUGAAGUUGUCUUGUAAGUCAGUAUUUUAUUUAGUUGUUUUGGUAUUUGUUUUUGCAAAUUUGAGUUGUGAAUCUACCAAUAAUAUAUAUAUGUAUAUAUAAACCAGUUACUCAUAGACUUUUUCGUUUGGACAUCACACACUCAGAUUUAUCUAAUUCUGCAAGCUCCAUUCCCAAAGAGAUUGUUGCAAACUUUGGGCUUGUAUAUACCUAUACCAUUUAUAAAUUAUGACUAAGACUCAUAUUUGUACUAAAAAAAAAAAAAAGAUAUCCGCUUCCGUGCUGGGAUAUUUAGUCAAGUGCUUUUUCAAUCAAUUAAAUGUUCUUUUGAACAGAAUCUAAGACUCCA